CCGAGCCUUCGGAGCGUUUCGGCUGAAGAGCGCCACUCGAGUCUCGAGCCGUCUUCGCGGAUGUCGCCGGUGCAGCUGCCGUCCUCGAAGUUCUGGUCGGAUGUCGGGGCAUGGGAGAGCCUCAAGGAGCCGAUGAAGGUGCACUCCUGCCUCCUAGGCUGCCAUUUCGCGCUUGAUGUGCCUCCACUCAGCUGGGACGGUACAUCGGAGCAUGGCCUUCAUCCAAGCAGCGGCCUAUGGCAAGGUGUCACUAAGAUGAUGAUUCGGAACAUUCCGUCGCGGUGCCAGCGGAUGGAAGUGGAGCAGCUCAUUCAGCCCAUCACUCGCGACUUCAAGCUGGAGUGGCCCAAGCUAUCCAGCAGCAAGUGCAAAGGCUACGCCUUCGUGGAGGUUGAGAGCCCGGCGAUCAUGCAGCGCCUGGUGUACGCCUUGUGGCAAGCCAACGUGCCCACGCGCCAAUCCAAGAAGCCGCUCCAGAUUUGCCCGGCGAAUGCUCAGCACGGACCGCCUUGAACGUGGG